AUGGCCUCUGAUAUGGAAGUCAUGGAGGCCGGGUCCUUAGCCCGGGGCAAAUUGCGCAUCGUCGCCAUUAUGACUGCGCUUUCUCUGGCUAUGCUUAUUGCCGCAUUAGACCAGACUAUUCUAGCGACUGCUAUUCCAACUAUUGCGGCAAAGUUACACUCUGCUGCGGGUUACACGUGGAUUGGUGGUGCUUAUUUGCUUGCGAACGCGGCUGGUGCUUGUAUCUGGGCAAAGCUCUCCGAUAUUUGGGGCCGUAAAUUGAUUUUGUUGAUUGCCGUGGCGUGGUUUUUUAUUAGUUCGAUUGUCUGCGCUGUUGCUGUGAAUAUGGAAAUGUUGAUUGCCGGUCGUGCGUUGCAGGGCGUCGCCGGAGGUGGUUUACUACAGCUCAUCACAAUCAUCAUCUCCGAUCUCUUCAGUGUUCGGCAACGCAGCUUGUACCUUGGCCUGAUGGAGUUUAUGUGGGCCUUUGCUGGUGGAAUUGGCCCCCUUCUCGGCGGCGCAUUCUCCCAAUAUGUUACCUGGAGAUGGAACUUUUGGAUCAACGUCCCCGUCUCCGGGGUGACAUUCGUCCUACUGCUAUUCUUCUUGGAUGUACACAAUCCUAAGACCAAAAUUAUGGACGGUGUCAAAGCCAUUGACUGGUUUGGCAGCGUCUCCAUUCUGGGUCUCACAUUGAUGCUUCUUCUUGGGCUUGAUUUUGGUGGAGAGACCUUCGCCUGGAGCUCCUCUCAGGUCAUUUGUUUGAUUGUCUUUGGAUCCUUCUGCUCCCUACUGUUCAUCUACAGCGAGAAGAGACUGGCCAAGUAUCCGCUGAUGCCUCUCAACAUCUUUUCCCAACUGUCCAACAUUGCCACGUUGGCAGUGGCCUUUGCGCAUGGAUUCGUAUUCAUUGCUGGCGAAUACUACAUGCCGCUCUACUUGCAGUCGGUUAAAGAAGCAUCUCCCAUGCGCUCAGGAGUUCUCAUUCUUCCCCUCCCCCUCGCCGAAGCCUUCUCCGGCAUUGCAACUGGCGCAAUCAUCCACAAAACCGGCCGGUAUCUGGAACUCAUCUGGGGUGGCCUAAUUCUCAUGGUUAUCGGAAACGGCUUAUACAUCCACCUCGGCGUGGACUCCUCCCUAGGCGAGAUCGUCGGCUACCAACUAAUCAGCGGUAUCGGCGCGGGUUUCCUCUUCCAAACACCCAUCAUCGCCAUCCAAGCCAUGGUCUCACAGGAUGAAACAGCAACCGCGACCGCUACUCUCGGUUUCAUCCGUAACAUGGCCACCGCUUCAUCAAUCGUUAUCGGCGGUGUCGUCUUCCAGAACAGCAUGGGCAAGAUGAAACCUAGUCUUUUGGCGACGGGCAUGUCUGAGUCCCUGGCAGAUCAGAUGACUGGUAACUCGGCGGCCGCGAAUAUCGAGUAUAUCAGUCAGAUCGAUGACGCGGCGCAGCUCUUGGCUGUGAAGGAGGCUUUUGCGUGGAGUUUGAGGAAUAUGUGGAUUUUGUAUACUUGCAUGUCUGCUGUUGGUCUUUUGUUUUCGGCGUUUAUUUUGAAGGCUCGCUUGAAUAAGGAGCAUGUGGAGACGGUGACUGGGCUGAAUCAGGAGAAGAGGGCUGUUGUGCAGGAAGUGCAGCCUGUUGAGGAGUGA